AUGGCGAGUGUUGCAAGUCGAAAUUUGUUUGAUAUACUUGCUGAUAAUGAGGAUAUCGAGCCAGUUGUACCGGAGAAAGAACCAACUCCGAAGGAAAAUGUAGUGGUACAAAAAAAAGUUGAUAGGUCUCGUGCAAGUCCCAAAGAGGCUAGAAUUCGACACGAGUAUCCUCAACGUGGAGGUUUUAAACCCUCCCCUCCUAACAGCAGAAAUGAGGAAACAAGAUCUGGGGCACCCCGUGAUCGAAACGUUGGACCUCGUCUAUAUAACCGCCGCGAAGAAGGUGGUGGUGAUUAUCCUAACAGAAAUUCACGUGGAGCUCGAGCCAGCGAAAGAGGUCGUGGUGCACGAGGAGGUGGAGGUCGUCGUGGGCGUGAAUACGACCGUCAUAGUGGCACAGGAAAAUAUGACAGUAAUAAAAAAGAAACCCAAGGUUGGGGCAAUCCUUCUAACACAUGGGAGAAUAAUGAAGCCAUAGAAACACAAAAUAACGGGGGUGAGGCUGAUGCCAAUACCAAUGCCAAUACUUCUGCCUGGGGUGAUCAAACCUCCGAUAACAAUGCAGGAGAAGGGUGGACUGAACCUGCUGAGGGAAAAGAAUCUGGUGCUGCCCAAGAUGGUGGAUCAGGUUGGGAAGAAUCCGCGGAAACCGCUGCACCAGAAGAAGAGGCCGUCGCCACUAAUGGAGAAAGUGCCCCGGCCGUUGAACAAGAGGAAGCUUUCAAAACAUUGGAUGAGUAUCGUGCUGAGAAACCUCAAAAAGCCGUAGUUGCUACACUUCCAGAAGCAAGAAAGGCGAAUGAAGGAGUCGAUGAUUCUCAAUGGAAAGAUGCUGUUCCCUUGGAGAAAGAUGAAGAAGACGAUGUCCUUUUUGCCGGAAAAGAACAUUCUUAUAGGCUCAAAUCCAAAAAGACUAAGGCAAAGAAUUUUAUUGAAAUUGAGCAAACAUUUGUUGAAAAACCUGGACCCGGUUACCCACGUGGGCGUGGGCGUGGACGUGGUGGUGGCGGCCCUCGAGGAAGAGGUGAUAGGCGAGAAAACCGUGAUGGACGUGAUAACUAUGAAGCUCAUAAACUCGUUGGUUUUCUAACGAUCUUACAAACAUACCCACGAUCGUUGUUCGAGAUCGCCACUUGCGCCGUAAUUCUCAACUUACUACGUGCGAGAGUUGCCGUAUUCACCUUAAAAAUUUUUUUUUUUGGUUCUGGGCAUAAGAUGCCUCAAAAGACAACCGAAAAUAACAUGACACCAUUAAACAUAAUCAACAACAAAGUCAAUUCUUCUGAGCCUUUGUCAUUCGAGACCACUCAAUCACAAAAACCUCUUUCUGCAUCCCAAUGCCCACGACGACAGGCCACGGUUGUUGAUUGCGAAACCGGAACGAUUUCGAAUCUCGAGUCAAAUAAACCUCGAAAUCAAAAACACGAAACAUCAAAAAAAGCUGACGACCCAGUUGGUAAUUACCGUUUGUCUAUUGAUGAGUCGGUACUCUCGGCUCUUUUGGAGUGCUCCUAUGUUGAUUCCAAACAUGAAAUACUUGGAUAUUUGGGAGGAACGUAUGCUGUUGACCGAUUAGAUGAUGAUAAUGCAAUUGUUUGUCGAGUCAGUCAAUUUGUUGCUUCCGAAAGGAUCAUUACAUCUUUGCUCACGGAUUCGGUGCAAGAAAUUGUUCAGGCUCGCGAAAAUGCAAUCAAUAUUUUUAGCGAGUUGGGCCUCGAAUUUAUAGGCUGGUAUCGAAGUCCCGAUUCAAUCCCUACUCAAAACGAUAUUAAUAAACAACAAAAAAUUCAAUCUCAAUUUUCAGAUAGUGUUGGUGUUAUUAUUUCAAUAUCAUCUGUGUCUUGCCCUCCGAUUAAUACGAGAAUACCCGUUAUGGAUGGCAUGCUUAAUUCACUAUGUGUAUUUCGUACAUUGACGGAGAACAAUGAUAACAAUGAGGAUGAUGUUUUAAAGUCGAAGAAUGGCAAAAUAUGGAAAGGAAAAGGAAAGGAAAGUCAUAAAGUCAACAAAUUGACAUUUAAUGUCAACCGUCAAACGUACAUGUGUCCGAAUGUCAUGCAACAAUUGAGUUGCGCUUUGAUGACUAUACUUCACGAGGCAAAACAAACUUAUUCUGGACAGGUUUUGGAUUGUGGUAAUAGAGCUGGUCAGCGAAUACUGGUUGACUCUCAGUAUGAAGCAUUCCUCAUGAGUUUUCUGAAAAAAAGUGUGUUACAGUUUGACAGAUCGAUCGAUCAAGAUUUUAGGUCAUUAGCCAUCGCAAAACACCAUGUCAAAGAACUAAUAAUGAAACGUAUUAAUGAAACCCUGGCAAUCUGUCAACGGCAUAGUGUAUAUAAUGAGAAUGAAAUGCGAGGGAAGUUCGAAAAAUUAAUAGAAAAGCUCAUUAAACAACGUAUAUCUAAGCGAGAAAAAAAUAAAAAUAUCAAAAAGUCAGAAAAUGCUGAUGGCGUUAUUUGGUGGCUUAAUAAAAAACCUUCAAAUUAUAAUCAACAGAAAAAUAAUGAAAAUAUUAAUUUGAACUCUGAAGUAACUGCGUCUUCUACAUCAAGUAAUCCGAUACCCGCGGACAAUAUUCCGAAGUCAGUAUCAUUUCCCUUGCCUGAACAAUUAUCUCAGGAACAGGUUGCAUCCAUAAAAGAAUCUCCAUUAGACCAAACUCAAGUUACAUUCACAAACAGUUCCCAAGAAAAGAAAGGAUCAUCAGUGGAUGCCGCAUCAAAGGAUAAAUCAACAAGUGUUGAAGGAAUUAUAAGUGAGGUUGCUUCAUCACCGAGAGAAACCGGUGAUGAAUGUUUAAUCAAAAAAUCAGUGAAGCAUCUUUCAAGACCACCAAGCGUAGAUGGUACUCGCCUGGCACCAACUCCUAAGAAAAUUAAAACUGCUCCGAAUCCUACUAGGAUCGAUUUUGGUGGAGUCCACGAACAAGCAGCUUCUUUUCCUGAUUCCAAGUCUUUUGGUUCUACUUCCGUGGUAAAUGGAAGUUCGAACCUUCAUCAUAAUAAUAAAUCAACACCUCAUUCUUCCAAAUAUUCACCUUCGAAAAAAUCAUCGUCGACUUUUAAUACCAUAUCAUUAUCACCUUCAACAGCAAAUAUUACCGUUUCUCCGACGAAUAAUAAUAAUUCAUUAAGUAAUACAACAAAUACAAAUGGAGUGCAAUUUCCAAUCAAUAAUUCUUAUCCGUACCCUGCGAACGGUUACCGAUCGUUUCAAUCACCUUCUGAAGAUUUAUCUUCUUGUAACGGAAAUAAACCUACAAACAACGGUUCCCAGGGGUCUGGGAUAAAUUUACCUA